UCAAACCAACCACCUUCCUGCGUUGAUGACCACUGCUGAUCCUGGUGCAAUGGCUAUCACUCUCUCUCUCUCUCUCUGUCUGCCUGGCGUGCGUGUCCCCCUCAUCAAUGACACUGUUUCGUUUCACCUUUAAUUAAAGAUUCCUAUCCUCUCCAAUGAUUCUUUGCUCUUUUUUUUUCUCUCAUUCUGAUCAUGCAAAAAUUUCCAUUGAAUUCUCUGUCUCCCUGCUUUCAGUGAAAACUGAAUACUGAAGAAGAGAGAUAAUGCAUCCAUCCAUGUGUGUGUGUGCUGUGUUGUGUUAAGCUUUCCUUUACAAAGAGGAGGACCACGGUGCUUUGUCAGUGUCACUGCCUCACUGUUUGUGGUCUCACCUUUUCCCUAUCACGUCCUCAACUUACACUAGUCUACAUGCCACCUUUAUCACUGUGCUUGAAAUCCAUGGCUAUUUUAGUGGCCUAAUGCAAGAGUACUCUUCUUGACCCUGGUGGUGAGUGGUGACUGGUGAGCUGAGCUGAGCUUGCAGUUUUGGUUCUUGGGGUCUUGAGGAGUUGAGCUGUGGUGCUUAACACAGGCAUAGCUGCUUGCUUCUUUCUUUCACAAGUUGUUGGCAUUGGCUCCAUGUGAUCGAUGAGCUGAGAGAGCUCAGCUCAGCUCAGCUCACUUUCGCCACUGCAGCAUCGGCGAGCUAGAGCUGUAGAUCUUGGGAAGAUCCAGCAAUGGAGAAGCCGGCGUCGUGCUGCUGCUACUUCCCGCUGCGGUGGGAGAGCACCGGCGACCAGUGGUGGUACGCGUCGCCGAUCGACUGGGCGGCGGCGGACGGCCACUACGACAUCGUCCGGCAGCUGCUGCACCUCGACCCGAACCUCCUCAUCAAGCUCACCUCGCUCCGCCGGAUCCGCAGGCUCGAGGCGCUCUGGGACGACGACGCGCGCUUCGCCGGCGCGGCGGGGCACCGCGCGGGCGUCGCCCGGAGCCUCCUGCUGGAGUGCGAGUGCAGCAAGAACGGGGGCGCCGCCGCCGCCGCCGAGAACACGCUGCUCCGGGCGGGGUACGGCGGGUGGCUGCUCUACUCGGCGGCGUCGGCGGGGGACAUGGCGUUCGUGCAGGAGCUCAUGGAGAGGGACCCCUUGCUGGUGUUCGGCGAGGGCGAGUACGGCGUCACGGACAUGUUCUACGCCGCCGCGAGGGGCGGGAACGCCGAGGUGUUCAGGCUGCUGCUGGACCACGCCAUGUCGCCGAGGUGCUCGACGAAUUGCCCCAACGGCGGGGAAGGCGCGCGCGGCGGUGGCGGUGGCCGCUCCUCGGUGUUCCGGCUGGAGAUGAUGAGCAGGGCGGUCCACGCCGCCGCGAGGGGCGGCAGCGUGGAGAUGCUGAGGGAGCUCAUCGAGCGCCGCUCCGACGUGUCGGAGUAUCUCGACUUCCGUGGAUCCACCGUGCUGCAUGCUGCUGCAGGGAGAGGGCAGCUAGAGGUUGUCAAGUACCUUAUGGCCACUUUCGACAUUGUCGAUUCGACUGAUAAUCAAGGGAACACGGCAUUACAUGUAGCGGCCUACCGAGGGCAUCUGCCUGUUGUAGAGGCAUUGGUUGCUGCAUCUCCAUCAACCAUUUCAGCUGUCAACAGAGCUGGUGAUACUUUCCUUCAUUCAGCAAUUGCAGGUUUCAGAACCCCAGGCUUCCGACGGCUUGACCGCCAAAUGGAGCUUAUGAGACACCUGAUACGUGGAAGAACAUCAAAUAUCCAAAAGAUUAUCAACCUGAAGAAUGAUGCAGGCCUCACAGUCCUUCACAUGGCUGUGGUUGGUUGUGUUCAUCCAGACCUCGUCGAACUCCUGAUGACAACCCCAUCGAUCGACCUCAAUGCUGAAGAUGCCAAUGGCAUGACUCCACUGGCAUUGCUGAAACAGCAGCUGCGCUCUUCAACAUCUGACAAGCUCAUCAGGCAGAUAGUUUCCGCAGGAGGGGUGCUGAAUUCGACUGUUCUGCGAACUCGGUCAGCGAUCGUUUCGCAGAUAAAGAUGCAGGGAGGGAUUGCAAGCAGCCCCGGUACAACUUUCAAGAUAUCAGAUGCAGAGAUCUUCCUCUACUCCGGGAUCGGAACCGCGGAGUCCCGACGCCCUAGCUCAUGCUCUAGCAAUGGCAAGUGUGACCAUGCCCAUCAUGGAGAUGCAAAAUGCGGAAAUGCUGAAAACCAUGGAUCUUCAGAGAAGAGGCUGAGCUCUGCCAGCCGUGCCAAGGACCGUCUCAAGCUGAUGCUGAAAUGGCCUCGUCAGAAGAUGUCCAGAGGACACAAGAAAUCCGACGAUGGCGACGCCAUGGAUUCCAUCAAGAAGCUGAGCGAGCAGGCCGUCGAGACCCCGGCCCCGCUCAGGCAGACAUUCACCAAGACGACGGCGCUGAACAACAAGAGGACCCUCGCGGUGAAGACCUCGACUCCCAGCUCGGCCACCAAGAAGAAGCUCAACAGCAAGCUCAUCCACGGCAUCAUGGAGGCCAUGCCGCACCUGGCGUCCUCGUCUCCGGCGUCCGCCUUCCCGAGGUCCUCCACCCCGCCGCCGCCGCAGUCCGGCAAGAUGAAGGGCGUCUGCCUGGAACUGGACGACGAGAACUCGAUGACGACGCCGGUGUUCGGCAAGCUGAAGGACAUCGUGCUGAACAACGACGACGAUGAUGACGCCAUGGGCGAGCCGUCGAGCUCGGGGUCGUCCGUGAACGACGACGCGUCGGCGGAGAUGCCGGCGCGGCGGCACGGGUGCGGCAACGGGAGGCUGAUCAACAUCUGCUUCGGCGCGCAGGGCCUCACCGUGGAGGACUCGGCCAGCGGGCAGCAGACCAGCAAGAUGUUCAAGCAGCAGUGCCUCAGGGUGUCCUGACUCCCGAGUGACUCACACGCGCACACGGUAUAAUUAGCCUGCUUUUCUUUGGUUUUCUGACUCGAAUUGAGCUUGCAGUUCAACGGAACAUAUAUGGUUUCUGCAUGUUGAACUCGUCGGGCUUGUGUGGAUUUUGUUGGCUGCUGCGUGUAACCGUAUCCUUGCGUGGCGUGCUUGGUUUCUGGUUGGGCUUGUGUUAACGCCUUAACGGCUUACUUCGAUGCAAAUAUAUUUGGUGAAUGUAUCAGCUAGUUGUGGUGAGUUAGUCGAUCGUUUUGUUUAAUUUAAACAAACAAACAGCAGUUAUUCACGUUUCCGGAAGAAUCCCUGCACAAAACGGAAUGAGGAAAGACAAGAAAUAUCUUGUGUAUUGAGAAUAUUGAACAUCCACAACAAACAGUCGACAAACAUCUGACAGGAGACAACAAAUUGCGCUAAAAGACGCAUGAAUUUUCUUUUUUUUUCCCUGUAAACAAGAAAAGCAGAAGCUUUUUCCUAUUUGCCCAUAUGCCCAGCAAACAACUAUCGCUUCCUCCACUACAUCAAAAUUCGAAUUUACAGCAGGAAGCAAUUGGACAAACCGAAAACUAGAGAACGAACGAACGAAAAAUCUAUAAGCCGCUGGGCAACACCUUUUGCCGCUGGGAGCUUUAGCACCUGGAUCACUAAUUCACUAUGUGCAAAGAACCAUUUGGUCCUCUCAUUGCUUACCCACCUUGCGGCCUGGCCAUGGCACUUCAAAGAUGGCUACAUACAUACACCCGACAACAGCUCGGAGUACCGCAAGUCGCGGCCAU